AUGGCCGUGAACGCGCUUGCCGCGGCGGGCCUUCUUUCCGCAGUGUCCCGUUGCGCUGCCGGUGGGCCAGCGCCCAGGAUCGAGGAUGAGGACUAUCUCAGACCGACCGAUGUGGUCGAGAAGUUCCUCGCCAGUGGCCGCUCGCGAUCCUGCGAGCUUCCGAGUGUGGAUGCCAGCAAGCUCAGCUGGGAAGACUUCGAGGAUUUAGCUGAGCAGCAUGGCACCGGACUGGUGCUCAAGAACCUCAACUGGCUGAACCUGGAGGAGUGGAGAAAAGACCGACUGCUGGCCCGCUUUGGAGAUCACCUCCUCACCACGGGCACCGGCCGCUGGGACCGCCCCGAGCCCACGCCCGAGCGGGCGCUGCGCCGCUUCGCCGCGGAGGCUGCGCAGACGCGCAAGAGCUUCGUGGCCAAAGGCUACACUCAUUCCUUGGUCUCUGAAGCCUUUUGGGGCAAGGAGGGCAACUGCAGCGAGGCCAUCGUGGCCUCAUGGCUGUGUGACCACUCGUCCUCGUCCUCGAUCCUGGCGGACUUCGACAAGAGCCCCACGGUGCAGAUCGGCCUGUCCUUGGCCUCAGGGACGCAACUCCAUUCGCACGAGGAGACCUGGUUGGCCUUGUUGCACGGGAUGAAGGCCUGGUGGAUCGCACCCAGCGAGCCCUCCGAAGAGGUGCGAAGGGAAGAGCAAGCCAAUACAGGGCAUCCUUGCCAGUGGCUCGAGGGCACGCAGGGAACCAGGCGACCAAAGGGCUUGGCCUUCUGCGUGCAGCAGCCCGGGGAGGUCAUCUACUUUGGCUCCAGGCUCCACGCCACCUGCAACUUGGCCGACUUCGUGCUGGGCAUUGGAGCGCAGGGCCGGCAGCCAGCAGACUGGACGCCGCUGGAGCGCGCGAUGCACCGGGGACAAAGUGCCCGGGUGAAAGAUCUCUUGAAGGAGAAGAAGAAACGGCUGAAGCCUGCCCAGUUGGACCGCUGGUUGGCGCAUGCCUCGGAGUAUGGCUUCACCUCUUUGGUGGAACUCCUCUUGGAUCAGCGUGCGGAUCUCGGCGGCGCGAAGCGCGCCGUGCCGCGCUUCACGCCAUUGCACCGGGCGGCGGAGAAUGGGCAUUUGGCAGUGGCGCAGCUGCUCUUGUCCCGGCGAGCAGAUGUGCAUGCGAAAGACCAAGAAGCCAAAGAGCCGUUGCACCACGCGGCCUACAACGACGCCGGCGAAGUCGCCCAGCUCUUGUUGGAGCAUGGUGCCUCCCUGCGCUCCCAGGACCAGCGGUCCUUAGCACCCUUCGCCAGUGCGGCAGACGGGGGCUAUCCGGACUUGAUGGACAUGCUGCUGAAACGCCACGCGCCAACGUCCGCGCGAGGCUACGACCCGGCUGCGCUGCACGCGGCCUCCAAGGGACACCUGCCGGUGCUGCGGCGCCUGCUGACGCAUCGCGCCGAUCUGGCGCACGUGGACCCGCAGGGGCGGCGCUUGGCGGAUCACGCCGAGUUCUACCAGCACCACUCGGUCGCGCGCUUCCUCCGCAGCCUCCACCAGGUGGAAGAGUUAUGA